AUUUUUCUGUCUCUUCUUUCAACGUUGUUUUUCAGAACAGGUUUGGUCAAGAACGAUGAUGAUGAAGAUGAUGAUGAAACUGGGUUUUCUCCUGCUGAUCCUCGCCGUAAUCUCUGAUGCAGCCGCAACAGGCAGCUGUGUGGGUCGCUGCGGCGAGGCUUUCACCAGAGGUCAGCCGUGUACCUGCGACUUUGGCUGCAUGCAGCAUAACGAAUGCUGUCCUGACUUUGAAGCUUCCUGCACUGCAGCCUCAGCUCCAUCCUGUCGGGGCCACUGUGAUGAGCCGUUCAGGAGAGGGCGCCCGUGUGACUGUGAUCGCCAGUGCGUGCUCUUCAACACCUGUUGUCAUGACUACCAGCUGCACUGUGAUGUGACAGACUCUCAUCACAGACGACACCAACCUGCGCUGAUCAAGACCUCGAGAAACAGCAAGAGUGAAAUGAGCCAAGAAACAUCCAACAGUGAGAGUGAGGAGUCACACUCAGUUCAGGGUCGCUGUCCUCAAUGUCGUGGUGCUCAGCGUCAAAGUUCAUUCGGACUGUUCAAACCCCGGACAGUCGGCUCAUCUGGCCCCGCCUCUCCUUCCUCUCCAGCCGGUCACCUCCAAACGGGUGGGGGUAACAUCCCUGCUGGACUGCUGCCCUCACCUUCCUCCCCACGGGGCACCUCUCCACACGUCCCUGCCCCAGGUCCUUCCCAGCCCAGCCUUGGUGCUUCAGCUUUGGGCAGCAGCCCACCCAAAAGCCCCUCUGGUCCCGGAGGUGCUGGUAAUGGACUGAAAGUCCAGAUGCUGCUGUAUCCAGGAAAAUUCAGUCCAUCUGGGUCCGGUCAAGUCAGUGGUUCCGUUGGGUCCAGACCCGGUUCUCUGCAGGAGAUGCUGCAGACCCUGGGGCUCUCUCUGGCUCAGGAGGGACCGGAGGCUUCAGGAGGAGACAUGCCUUCUGGCACGGACCUGUGCAGCGAUCCCUUCAUCGAUGGACUCACAGCUCUCAACAACGGGACCAUACUGAUCUUCAAAGGUGAGCUGUUCUGGUCGGUGGAACCUGUCAGUCACUCAGUAGGAAGCCCUCAGAGAAUCACGGAGACUCUGGGCAUCCCGUCUCCCAUCGACACCGCCUUCACUCGCACCGACUGCAACAGAAACACUUACAUCAUCAAGGAGGACCAGUAUUGGCAGUUUGAUGGGAAUAUGGUGAUGAAGCCAGGCUUCCCUAAACCUUUGAAAUCUGAGUUUCCAGGCCUUACAGGAAGCAUCAGUGCGGCUCUGGCUGUGCCGGCCACCAGUAGCAGAGCGGAGACCGUCUUCUUCUUUAAGAAAGGAGACAUAAUGUUGAGGUUCACCUUCCCUCCAUGCAGCACUCCUUCCUUGGAACCGAGGAGCUCUUUGAAGAAAAACAUUGCCGGCCAGACUGAUGCUCUUCUGAGUGCAGAAAUCAACAUCCGAGUGUCACUAAAGGCUUUUCCCACCCCAGUCACCGCCGCAGUGUCCAUGCACACGCCUCAGGGGAGCGACAGAUACCAACACUUCAUCUUCUCUGGACCUCUCUUCUUCAAAGUCCACAUAACAGGCGAUCUGCCGGCUGUUGCAAAACCUGACCCCGCCGUGACCCUGACACCUCUGCUCUUUAGACCGGCUGCCAUGGCGACCAACCCUGCCACCGCGGCAGGUCAGAGCCUCAACUCUCCGCAUCCAGUCAACUCCAUUCGAUUCUGGCUGCACUGUCCCUAAAAUAGCAUACAAGAGGAGAUGGACCAGCUUUUCUCCUCCUUUUUCUGCCUAACACAGGAAUCUUUUAUUAAAGCAAGGCUGAACAACUGAAACCUCCUCCUCGCAUCCUGCAAGAAAAACUGUGGAUUAGUAAUUUUGGAUAAAAAUUGGAGAAAAAAAACUGGAAAAAGCAUAACUGUUAGGGUCACCACUUUUUUACAAAAAAAACCCCACCAAGUUUUUUACAAGCAAUAUGGAGGGGGCAUCCAGUUCUGGCUGUUAAUAUCCUUAAAUCCUCUUGGGAUUUUAUUGCAGAAAAUUUAAAUUAAAUUUUUUAUUUGUAUUUCUACAACCUCAACAAUUAAAUGAAAACUUAAAAAAUGUAUGCUCUUUAGAGUUGAUUUAAGGUUUAAUCCAUUAAUGAAGCAGCCAAGAUCAAGCUUUUUUUUAUGGUUUCUUCAUGUAAAGCAGAAUUUUGCUUAUAUCAUAAAAGCAUCAACCCCUUUCACAUUUAAAUGAAAAUUUUCAUCUUUUUCCAUUACAAAUCUAUACAUUGUUAAAAGAAAAAACAACUAUUGUUGCUGGUUAUUGUUGCUUUAUUAUUAAAACACCAGAGUAAAAUGCCUGAACAGAUCAAAACAAGACUUCUGUCAAAUACAACAUUUAGAACAGAAACUCACAAGAUUUUAAAACAAUGGUGACAGUUUUCCUGUUAUUGUGAAAUUAUUGAUUUAUUUCAGAUUUAAUUGAUAAACGUAGAUUUCUUUGAGUCAUCGUGGAUGAAACUGGUGGGAUCUUCAUUAGGACACGCCUCCUCUGCCUGACGGUCCUCCUCUUCCUCCUAAAAAGUGUUGAGAAACAGGAGAAAACAAAUCCGCGUUGAGAAGCUAUUUAAUCUUCCUGUGUUCUGUCUUUUCUGCUCUCUGCAUUUGAAUAAACUGCUUCAUCAUGA